AUGUCGUCUGAGAAGAUCACAUUUCUACUCAACUGGCACGCGACUCCUUACCAUGCCCCCAUCUUUUUGGCACAGGCCAAGGGCUUUUUUGCCCAGGAGGGCAUCAAAGUGGCCAUCCUUGAACCCAACGAUCCUUCAGACGUGACUGAAAUCAUUGGUUCCGGCAAGGUCGACAUGGGUCUCAAGGCCAUGAUUCAUACCAUUGCAGGCAAAGCCCGUGGUUAUCCGAUCAAGUCAAUCGGCACUCUGAUGGAUGAGCCCUUUACAGGUAUUAUUUACUUGGAGGGCUCGGGCAUCACCGACUUCCAGUCGCUGAAGGGCAAGCGCAUUGGUUAUGUUGGUGAAUUCGGUAAGAUCCAGGUGGACGAGCUUGCUGCUAGCCAUGGUAUCUCCCAGGACGAAUACACGACUGUGCGUGUCGGUAUGAAUGUCGCCGAUGCAUUGAAGCGUGGCCAAAUCGAUGCUGGUAUUGGUCUUGAGAAUGUCCAGAUGGUCGAACUGGAGGAGUGGUGCAAAGAGAACGGUCGCGAUCCUAGUGAUGUCAAGAUGCUCCGCAUCGAUGAGCUUGCGUGCUUGGGCUGCUGCUGCUUCUGCUCAAUCCUGUACAUUGCGAACACGCCAUUCCUGGAGAGCCAACCCGAUAAAGUACGUGCCUUCCUCCGUGCGAUCAAGCGCGCAACCGACUAUGUCACGAGCUUCCCUGUGCAAGCUUGGGAAGAAUUGAAGCUGUACAAGAAGACGAUGAACACACCUGUCAAUGAGAGGAUAUUUGAACGCUCGUUCGUUUAUCUGAGCCGCGACUGUGCGAAUGUCCAGAGGGAUUGGAACAAGGUGACGAACUAUUGCAAGCGCCUGAAGAUUGUAGCGCCCGACUUUCAGCCUAAUAUGACCAACGACUUCAUUUCAUGGAACCUUUUGCCUGAUGUCGAAGACCCGAUCGCUAAGCAGAUCGCUAUCGGACAGCACCAGAAGAACGUGGCGGCCCAUGGUGGUGUCUUGUCGUUGACUGGCGCUGUGUCGUCUUGA